GUUUUCGGAAGUGAUGGAUAAUUUUCUGUUCCUUCUCUUUGUGAGAGAACCUUCGAUUAUACUCGAUAUUUGGAAUGCUGCCCGGUGGUGCAUAAUUUUGUUAUUGAAUGCGACUAGUUAAUCAUAAAAUGCUACAUGAUUUAGCAAUACGUUGGAAAUAUAAACUAUUUCUAUCAAAAUCAGUUAUUCAUAACAUUAGCUAUCAAAGUAACGGGUAAUAGAUGUCAAGUAGUGGGAAAUAUCUCGUAAGCACAAUGCGUUAACGAAAUCUCAAUCUAUUACAAUGAACUUCAUUAUAUAUGUAUGUGUUCUUACUGCCAAACGAAAACAAACAUUUUACAGCACGUGCAAAUUUCUGGUAAAAAUGACCAACCUCCGGAAGGAACUUGAAAAAUGUAAGCACCCAAACAGUAGGAAAACGAAAGCUUUGAGCCGUAAAGCGCGACGACAGAAUAACAAACACAAAGCGCGCUUGGGUCAUGCAAUCAAAAGCAAUAUAAUGGGAGAGAAACUCUGUUGGUUCUUGGAUCACAUUGAUGAUGAGCGUACCGAACCACUAUCUCCGCAGGAAUUCGAAGAUCUUAUCUCUCUCUAUCUGAAACGUUUUGACGAGGAACUUGCGCAUAUUGCCCUAAAACAGUCCAUCAGCAAAAACCGCUCGAAACAACAUGCAGCUCGGCAGGAUGUUAUCAGAAUUACGCUGGAGAAGGAACGCAAUGAAUAUCAAAGCGGAGGGAUGGAAUUGUUAAACCUUUGUGACCCAGCAAAAUUUAAAUCGCUAAUGGACUGGGAUGGAAGUGCUUUAAGUAUUCAACAUCUUAAACUAGAUCUUGUUUCGCACAACCUGCUACAGCGUUUAAAGAGUGCAGCCUCUCAAAAUAGUAAUGAUUCCAAUUCUGAUGUCAUGUGCUAGCGGGUUCUUCUAAAUCAGAGCAGAUGGAAAAAACUAUACAGAAUUUCCAAUAUAUUCUUGAGGAAUGCCGCCCGAGGGGUAAGUACUUGGUCCAUUGUAAAACGCGAUUGUUUCCGUAAAGUAUACCCGAUUGUCGUCAGAGCGGCACCGGCUAAGAAAAGUUUGAAUUGUAAUUACAUAUUUCUUCCUCUUGUAAAUAAAACUGUAUAAAUCAUUUAAA